GUCACAUCGGUGGAGACGCCCAUCGCCUCCUAACGGAUCUGAUUUAUAACUAGUGGGGAUUUAUUGGCAGUUAAAACUCUGCGUUGAGUCAAGGUUAACAGAAGGACCAACAGUAGAACUAACGGUUCAUACUUCAAUAUGAAGAGCCCAGGAUACCUGGAAUAUAUCUACUGGGGGGAAAAGAGGAUCCUCUUCUCAUAAGGUGGAAGGGAGAAAAAAGUAUAGGAGAAGAUGGUGAGAAAUAAACAUAUUGGAGGGCGGCUCAAUCGCUCUUCCACGGGCAAGAACCAAAAGGCUGGCUCCCAGAUUUCAAGCAGCAAGGACCUGACACCUCCAGAUAAACCAGCCGAAGGUGACAUCCCAGCUAAUUCUCCCGAGCUCCAGACCACCAGCCAAGGUCAGCUGGGUUUUCCGGACAGAGUCUACCUGCUUGCAUCAUUCAUCUUUCAGAAUCACCACCUGGAGAAGCCCCCUGCCCAACGGUUGGUGAGUUAUGGCAAAGGAAGAGGACUCUCCCUACCCAGAGUCAAAGAUGAGGAGAUGCGUACAGCCUACGAGCUGGCCUUCAAUACACUGAAAUAUCAAGAGCUGCUGGAGGACAUCAUGAUUGACAGCUGCUUUUACCUCACUCAGCCAAUGCCAGAUGAUCAGAUGUGCCUUGUUGCCAUCAUGCUCUACGACUUCCAGGACAGAAAGUUUCUCCCAAGGGAACGUCAACGGGACAGCGAGAUUGAACAGGAAGUCAGAGAUGUGGAGAAGUACCUCCUUAGGUUUAAAACCAAGCUGGCAGCCUCUCUGGCGCGCUGCAGGAUCAAACAUGAUCUCCUGUCCAUCGAGUGUAUCCUGCCGGAGAGUUUGAAGACGAAGCAGGAGAGAUCAAGCAGCCUUCCACUCUACGCAUGGGUCAACACGCUGGAGAGCAGCCUUGAUGAGGUCCAAAGUGUGCUGAAGAGUGCGGGAUUCUCACAGGUGAAAUCGAUCGGUCAGCUGGAGGGCGAGACCUUCUGCCAGGAUCCCCACUGUGGGGAUAUACUGGUGUUCCCUGCUCAGCUCAAAGCUCAGCUGUCCACCACCAAGCUGCUUAGCAACCACAAACUCAUCAUCCAGGAUAAGUCCUGCAGCCUGGGCCCACAGGCCGUGUGCUCCCUGCUGCCAGAAGAAGGAGAUGUUCUUAUGUUGGGAUGCUUCUCCGCCCUCACCGUCUCCCACACUGCCUCCCUGGUUGCGGAGAAACGUAAAGGAGUUGGCAGCAACCGGCCCACAGUCUACGUUUGUGUCAGUGACCGUACAGACGCUCAGAGGGAGGAGCUGCAGCAGGCCGUCACCGCCAUGGGCUGCAGGAAUGUGAAGCUGAUACCAGAGGUCUUCCAGUCUUUGAACAACGAUGACAAGCGACUGCAGAAGGUGCGCGUCAUCCUGCUGACCCCAAAGUGCUCUGUGUCUGCAGUCAGCAACCCGGUGGACUUCAUACUGCAAGAGAAUGGAGACACAGAACUGCUGCAGGACUUAUCUCAGGGCUCGAUCGCCCCGAGCAGACUGCAAGCUCUGGUGGCCCAGCAGAGGAAGGAUAUUGAUCAUGCCUUGAAGUUUCCGAGGGUUUUGUCAGUGGUGUACUCAACCUGUUCAUCAUACAAAGAGGAGAAUGAAGAGGUAGUGAGCAGAGCACUGGAGCACGCCAAGGCCCGCUCAGAGCAGGAGGGGGAACCCAAACAAGCAAACUUCAGGCUUUCUCCAUCCCCGUUCAGUAUUCCUGACGAUGCAGCGGGCCCAGAGGAAACAGAGCCCUUCUUCAUGUUGGAGCCCUCAGAACAGAGCAAUGGCUGCUUUCUGGCUGUUCUCAGUAAAGAGCCUGAGCCAGUGGUCAAAGAGGCCCCACAGGACGUGAUUGUCAGAGCAAAUGCUAAAGGCAUACUGGAAAGGAUCGGCACCAAAAAAGAACAUCACGGACACACCAACAGGAUGAAAAAAACAAGCCAUGUUCCCAACUCUCAGCCUCAGUUCUCUGCUGUAAAGAACCAGGAGACCAAGGGCAGCAACAGCACUAGUUUGUGUGGAAAGGAGUUUACUAACAGGCGGCCGUCACUGCAAGGAAAAGCCAACGCAAUGCGCGUGCAGGUCUCAAAGAACACCGGGUCCAGCUCCUUCUCUUCCACCAAACCAGGAAACAUCACACCCAAAAGAAGCCUCUCCCCAAUAUUGGACAUCCCAACUUCUUCCCCCAGGACGCAUUCGGCAACUCCCCCCACCCCCCCUCCUCCGACCCCAGCGGUCCGUACCCGCAGACCCCCCCAGGAGCCGCUGAAGCCCGUGGUGCUCGUCCUGCCCACCAUUCAUUUCCCCAGCUUCUUUCCAGCUCAUCCCAACUACAACAAGUGGAGGGACCCCGCCCAGAGCGCCCCCCUGUCCCGUUCCAGUGGGGGUCUCUCCAAGGAUGCUAUGGUCAAAUCCCGGCCUCUGUUUUGAGCUCAGAAACAGAAAUAUAAAAAAGUAUUGAGAAUGAACUUUUGUGCCAAAUGCUUACUUAUCCAAAGUCACUAGCAUUCAAAUCGAACACAAGCAUACACACAAUGUUGUUGAUCUGCCAAAUUACAAAGAACAUGUGAAACGUCUCCUUGAACGCUUUCUAGAGCCAUUAAUACUUCUCAUUACCGCAAUGUCAUUUUUAUAGUGUCUUUGUGUGCCUUAACGAAACAACCUGCCACGGUCAGAAUAUAAUCAGAUUGCGUAUAUUAAUAAGGCUCGGACGAUGUCACUACGUGAUGAAUAGCUUUUACAUAGAGCUCCACUGACCCGAGAAUUAAAAGGACGUACUCAAGAAGCUACUCUUUUCUUUUUGGUAAUGCAUUUAUUGUCACAACAGAUUACAUUUACAUGGUGUCGAGAUGAGUGAAGAACAGAACUGAAAUGAUUUAGAGCAUCUUUCUCUUUGUGUGUGUGUGUGUCUUUUCCAUUCAGAUCGAACUGCAUUCCCAGAGUUCAUGUGGAGUGCAGGUUGUAGCCACGAGCUACAGACGCAGUGUGACAGCAGACUCUUUCUCCUACUGCUGUAUGUGCGCAUGUGUGUGUGUGUGUGUUUUUUCUUUGUGAGUGGGAGUAGACUGGCUGGAUUUACAGAGGAAGAGAGAAUAAAGUGAACCCUUACACAGAUUACCCUUGGGAAAUAUUUGAUAACACUGCCACUCGUCUGCCUAAGUCAAAGCCUGGAUCUGGGUUUCCCUGCUACCACAUACUGUAAGUCUUAGGUGUAUGCAUAAAGAUUCCUGAGGAAAUGUUAAGUUUGACAAAGCAAUGUAACAUUCUUGAACAUUAAAAACUUACUUUCUUUAUAAUUGAUGCAAAAACUUACAAUCUUAACUAAUUAAAAGCUUCAAAAUACAUUACAAAUGAUUACAUUUGGUUUGCUGAUUUAUGUAUCCAUCAGUAAUGGAAAGCAACAUGUGUUGACUUACAAUCUUUAAAUGUGAUUCUGUAAAUUGAGCUGAGAGUAACCUUUUACUCAGGUAUGGGUCAGAAAAAGGCCAAAUAAAAAAUCCAGUCAUGGU